AUGUCAUCGACGGAUACGAUAAAAGAUCUGAAAAUACAGCUUUACAAGCAGACGGGACAAACUCCAAAUGAUCAGUUACUGUAUCGCGAGCUAGGUGGAUCACUAUUAGAUAGUGAUUCGACACUUUUUGAUGCACGAAUAGAGAAAAAUAAUUCUGAUCAGCCUCUGAUACUCAUUGCGCAAUCCAUCUCAAAUGUUCCUGUGAAAUAUGAUGAACAACAAGUGCGAGCGCCGGAACGAGGCUUUAUUGACACUGCACUUGCGCACUAA